CAAAAUCUAACAAGUCUAUUUGAGCCUCUUCAAGAAUCAUUAGGUAUCAUUGAAAUGCUUGAUCAAGAGUACAUCGAAGCCAAUACAGAAGAAAAUGCUUAUACAGUCUACUCAUUCAAAGAUUUAUGGUUCGGCUUAGAUUUGGUAAAAGAAGCUGUACAAAAGAAGAACGCUUUUAUCCAGAAUCAGAUCAUCUUUCGCAAUAUAACUAAUCCGACACCUGUUCAGUUUAAAGAAUUUAAACAGAUGUUCAGAUACUUUGAUAAGGAUAAUGCCAACACAUUAUCUGUCUCAGAAUUCAAAUGCGUGUUAUCUUGUUUAGGUAUUGUCUAUGACAAUGACAAGCUAGAAAAGAGGCCCUAUAGCAUCAUCAAUGAUAAUGAUUUUGCUACCUUUGAACAGUUCAUUCGAUUUAUGAUCUCAGUUACAGAAGAUAAGUCAACACUGGAUCAGAUACGAAAAUCAUUUAGAACCAUGGCUGGUGAUAAGCCGUAUGUGACAGAGCUUGGUUUAAAGAUGAGUCAGAUUUCAAUGAAGAAGAUUGACUAUUUAAAAAUAGCCAUACCCAAUAGUGAAGACAAUGCGGAAGAAUAUAAUUAUGAGUUAUAUAUUGAACAAAUGCUUAAUUAG